AUGGACAUCUUUUCUGAACAAGAUGCAGCUGUCGCCGUUGCGGAUGCUGUCGCUGGUGCUGUUGCUUCAAGCUCCGCUGCCGUGAAGGUCUUGAGCGAGCUCCACAACUGUCCACACGAAGUCCUCGCAUUGGCAAACGAGCUGCGUGACCUUCAGUCUGCUCUACUAGAGGUUCCACCACUCACUGCGUUGUUCGCGAGCUGCGAUGAAUACUCGGCGGAGUUGCGUGAUCUAUUGCUGCCUGCCGGCUCAAGGAUGAUCCAGACUAUGCAAUCCCUGGAUAAAAUGGUUGAGCGACUGAAGCGCUAUACGUUCAAACGAAGCGGCGUCUCGAUGGGUCGCUGGAAGAAAGAGCAGGCUAACAUCGACCUACUACGGGAUCGCGUGAGGGAAACACAACUGACUAUAAUAGUAUUGCCAUUCGAUCAUGCUAUCUGGCACGCAAUUCAAUAUGGUGAUGCACAAUGGAUCGAACAUAAUUUUCAUGAUGGCACUCUGUGGUUUUCCGACGUGGGCGUGGUUGGUCAGCAUUAUUAUAUCUCCCUCCUCACAUACGCCGUGGAUUGCUUGCAACCCCGUGUAGGCUAUUUUCUGCUAGAAUACCAUUACCAAGAUUGGGUGGAGAGAAUACCGACGGGCCAGCUUGCGAAGAGGAAACUCAAGGCUUCGUCACUCACGCUCACAAAUCCGCAAGUAAGGGAAUUCCUGACCUAUGUCAUGGAAACUUAUGAGGACAAUCUACGAUUUGGAGGAUACACGCCUGUCCAUACCGCUGUUCAGGAUGGAAAUCACGUUAAUCUGGUCCAAGAACUCAUUCACAAUCCCACAUACCUCUCAUACCUCGACGAGAAUGGAUACAGUCCGAUGCAUCUCGCCGUCUUGCAGAAAGAUUCUACGUCCGUCAGCCUUAUGUGUGAUCGUGGGGCCGAUCCUCAACUCCGAGACAUUCUUGGAAACACACCUUUACAUCUGGCAGUAGAGUCUGAUAAUUUCAAUUCCGAUGUCGUAUAUACGCUCUUGUGGUACGGUGCAAACGUCAACUGCCAGGACUGGAAAGGACGUACCGUAAUGCACCAUGCUGCAAUGAAUGGGAGCCACGAGAUCAUCGAACGUCUCUUCGACUGUGGUGUGGACUUGGACAUCCGUGAUGAUUUAUUCGGUCUAACAGCCCUGAAUCUGCUUGUUGGUAUCUCACCCGCAAGGUCGGAACACUGCACUACUCUGCAGACUUUACACCGCAUCGGCGCCGACUUGGAAAUCUCAGACGAUGGUGACGCGACGCCAAUCUUGAAUGCAAUCCGCAAUCCAGACGGGACGGCACAUUUCAUCUACCUUGAGGAGGCUGGCGCUCGAUGUGAUAAAAUCGAUAGUCAAGGGAUGUCGAUAUUGCACCGCACGGCCAUCUGGGGAGACAUUGAAUUAAUGAACUAUCUUCGAGGACUAUGCCGAAGGUCUGAUGAUCUGUACCAAACACCAGCAUUUGAUCCUGAUCGAAUCGAUCGAAACGGGAAUGGUCCAGCUGAUCUGCUAUAUUAUCGAUCAAUCGAGUCAAAAAAGUACUGGACUGCCCGCCGCCGCACUACGGAAGAGGAGCAUGAGACGUUUCUAUGUCUCCUAUCCGAACUACGUGAUCGUCGUUCUCGGUGUACUCCCACACUGGAAAACAUAACGGAAUUCUCCUGGUGCGAUGACGAGCUUCACGACGAAGAAACAUACUGCAAUGCCUUAGAUGUGCUUGAAAGCACCGCAUCCACCUCGACCGACACGAUCAUGGGUGCACGUUUACCCGAUCCUCCAAGCCACGAUCCUCACGAUCCUCACGACCCACUCCGUGGGCCGAACAAACUCCUGACCCGGGACGAAGAUGGCGAAACGAAUCCACCCUAUUUGCUUCCGGAGCAAAUAUCAGUAAUGGACCAGGAACCAUGUCUCGUAAACCUGGUAUCGUUUUCGAGUCGCUGUGGACCUUGUAAUGAUCCAGAUUCGGAAGCAGAUUCGGAAGCCGGGUCCGACACCACUAUUGCUGCAACAUCUGCAACUUCAUCCACGACAUUGAUCAGCCCCCCUUCUAGUCUGCAAGUAGCGCUUGCAAAUGCAAUUGCUCUACUGAACAAGGAUCUAGGAGUUCACAACAUCCUGCAGACUGCCGCACAUCAUGACUCGCUAAGUAUCCCCAAGUUCGAUCGUCACAUGAGAUGUGUUGUUUGGCGACUGGGUCAAGGUCUCGCGCACGACCCUCAACAAGAUCCGGACGCGGCCUGGUUCAUUCAGAGGUAUUCAAACGUAAUCUCGACGGCUCUAAUCCUAGGUGCCCUUCAAGAAGCUGGCUCGAUAAUGUCACUCAGGAAAGCGUGGAGCAUCGACGACGAAGAAGGUAAUGGGCCCAGCAGUCUUGACCCGCUUCUAGACUUUGAGGACAUAUGCGACGGCCCAGAUUCCGUAGUAUCCGCAAAGGAAUUAGAUGAUGGGGGCGACAACAGCACUACACCGCGACAUCCUGGAAACAAGAUAGCCGACUUUGCUAACGAAGAGCUCAAGGACUCUAUUCUUGGCAGCAUGGCUUUCCACACAUUUCGAACUCGAAUACAAAACUUUGUCCACCCUCCAUUCUUGGAGACCGCUACGCGGCUUGUGGCAUCGACAUUGGCAAAAUAUAGCGGACCAAGCGGCGAUUUACAGAAGCUCCAAACAAGUCUAACCUGUCUGAUCGUGGAGCUGAAUCAUUCCACACCAGCUAACCUAGAUCUAGACUUCAAAACAGAUGUCUCUAAGGCAGAUAGUUUAAAAGUCACCGUGGAGGCAAUAACGAGGAAACUUUGGAACUGGUGGCCACUAUCUCAACCACAACGCCGGCUUGAUGCUGGACAAGUUCGGCUGGUGUGGACUUGUUCUUGUGGAUCAAUCCGUAGUGAGAAUGUACCUGAAGAUUUUGGCCGCAAACUCGCCGAAUUGAUCAGUAUUCGGCCUUCCUAUGCAAGCCCGACCUCGGAGACUCCUCCUAGAACAUAUACGGCGCAUGGUCAAGGAGAAGAGGCCAUCUCUGUAACCUCUACAUUUGGAGGAUCGAGUUCUUCUGAUCACCUUAGCGAAGGAUCUCACAAGCGCUCCGUGCCCUCUAGCGAGCAUAUGGACAACGACCGUUCAUCCCCUGACGAGGAUCAAAUCAGACCAAAAUACAUCUUCCUCAUGGCUCAUAUCGACAAGCUUCGCCUCCACCAGAUUAACGCGACCAAAGGUGAUACGGGCAACUUUGCAAAUGACCUCCGCGAGGCUCACCGCAGGCUCCGGGGCUUCUUUCGGCACCACUUCAGUAUCAACGUCUUCUCCUACUGCGACUUUGCCAAGUUUGAGAAGUUCUGUGCCUCGAACUUCUCACACCGCGGUGCCGGCCUGCCGCCAGAAACGAGCCCACACGUGAGUGAGUACUAUUACCAUCCGCGGCCGGCAGCCUGCCUUCCGCCCAUCAGCCCGGAAGAAUUUCGACACAUCUACUACCACUACGCAAGACCCAUUUCAGCUGUGGCUGUCAGUUCCCAGAGGCUCCCUUUUGCCGUCGUGGCGCAGGGUCCCACAUGGGUGCCGCGGGUCUUCCGAGACAUCCCCAGGCUUUUUGUCGCGUUGAAGGAGGGUAACAUGCCGUCUGAUACCAUCCCAAAGAUUCCACAAAGACUUCGGUACUUUGACGAGUCUGGGGCGGCCCGAGAAGAGCUCUGGGGCCUGUUGGUACGUGAAGAGAGAUCUGCACUUAUGGUGGGUGCUUAUGUACUGGUAGCUCUUUCGCCCUGGUUUGUGUUUUUCUUUGUGUACCUCUUCGGUGUGGGUGGACGUACAAUUGAUCUUCAGAACGCGGCGACACCAUUGACAUUAUCAAUGACGUCUUUGGCUCUACUGAUAGCAUGGCUUGUUAAAUAA